CCCACUAACACAUAUCACCUCUCCAAUCUCCACCGUCUGGCUCAGUCUCUCUCACUCUCUCUCCCUCUCCCGCUCCUCUCCUUCUCUUCCCUCUCCUCUCUCACAUUCUGUCACUUGCUCUCCCGCACACACUCUCAUGCCUACUGGCACCUAAGGACAGAGCACCCUCCUCUCCCAGUCCAGCAGCUAGGCAGUGCAUGCGUGCGUCGGUCUGGGGUGCCCGACGUCGAGCCGAGGAAAAGGACGAGACCAUGGAGCACAGCCACAUCUUCACCGUCGCGUCCGGCAACGAGAGUGUCUGGAGCCCGGGGCUGUCGCCCCCAGACUCCCCCCAGGGAUGCCCCCUCGGACCGCUGCCCGUCAUCUACUACAGCGCCCUUCUCUGUCUCGGCCUGCCCGCCAACAUCCUGACUGUCAUCAUCCUGUCCCAGCUGGUGCUGCGGCGUCAGAAGUCCUCCUAUAACUACCUCUUGGCCCUGGCGGCCGCCGACAUCCUGGUCCUGCUGCUCAUCGUGUUCGUGGACUUCCUGCUGGAGGACUUUGUCCUGGGCGCGCCACUGCCCCUGUACCUCAACAAGGCGGUGCAGGUCCUGGAGUUCUCCUCCAUCCACACCUCCAUCUGGAUCACGGUGCCGCUCACCGUCGACCGCUACAUCGCCGUGUGCCACCCGCUGCGCUACCACAGCGUCUCCUACCCGGCCCGCACGCGCCGCGUCAUCACCGCCGUCUACCUGGGCUGCCUGCUGUCCGCCGCGCCCUACUACUGGUGGCCCGAGCUGUGGCACGGGCUGCCGGGGGUCGGGGGCGACGGCGAGAGUCCCGGGGGAGGGGGUGGGGAGAGCAGCGUGGCGCAGCACGUGCUGGUGUGGGCGCACUGCGCCACGGUCUACCUCCUCCCCUGCGCCGUGUUCUUCUCCCUCAACGCCGUCAUCGUCCGGAAGCUGCGCCGGCGCCGCAACUGCUUCCGGCUGCGCGGCUACUCCACGGGCAAGACCACCGCCAUCCUGCUGGCCAUCACGUCGGUGUUCGCCGUGCUGUGGGCGCCGCGCACCCUCAUGAUCCUCUACCACUUCUACUCGGCCCCUCCGACGGCGGCCGGCCCGGCCCGCCUGCUGCACCUGCUCACGGACGUGGCCAACAUGUUGGCCCUGCUCAACACGGGCGUCAACUUCUUCCUCUACUGCUUCAUCAGCAAGCGUUUCCGGAGCAUGGCGGCGAGUGUGCUGCGGGCGCUGUUCCGCUGCAGGAAGCAGCGGCCGCCGUUCUACGCGGGUCACAACUUCUCCAUCACCAGCAGCCCCUGGAUCUCCCCUGCCAACUCGCACUGCAUCAAGAUGCUGGUGUACCAGUACGAUAAGAACGGCAAACCUGUCUGUAUCUCGCCCUGAGCGCUCCCCCCUUACCCUAUCCGUAAAACCCGACAGGGGCCCGGCCGGGAGCCCUGUUGCCUUGACAACCAAGCCACCGGACUCUCCUCGAUGGAACUCUUUUUGAACUUUCAAAUGUCAUUGGAGCCGGUGAGCUGAAGGGGCCUAACAUGACCACGGGUCUGGUGACCGGAGCUAGAACACAGAGCUGCCAGGAACUGGGAGACAGAUUGCCCCCGAAGAAAGGAGAAAGGUUGUAGAAAAGAUUAAAAAAAACAUGAAAAAAGAGAAAGAAAAGACACAAAAUGCCAGGGUUGUUCUGCUCUGAGAAGUGGUCUCUCCGUCCUACAGGGUACAGGGCUAGGCUGCAUGUGUUUCUUUUCCCAUGCCACAAUAUGGAGGCAGUGGAGAUGUAGACCCUGACUGGCUUGAGUGACUGACUAACGACUAUAUUAUAGCCUGGAGCCUCCAUAACGAGAUCAGACUCUGAUUAACGGCUUUGGCGGCCAGCUUAUCGCUGCCUUUUAUGUGCGCUCAUCCGUAAUUGCCGUUCAGAGUGACAGCUCGGACGGACCCUCUGCGACACAUCCACGUCUCCGUGACAUUGAGACACCGAUGCCGUUGCCCCGAGAGGGCGUUGCUAUGUGAAUGAACAGACGGUUUGUUAAUAUGUGAUAGGAUCGAGGGGGUCUGGGUUAAGCCUGUCACCCGUAAGGCCAGGGAAUGGCAACCAGACUCUCCAUGCCAACGAAUCCUGACACGUCACGUGGGAACGCCGUUGACAUUUCCCGAUCAAAUUCACGAGACGCCCAGGUGCAUUAGAAAGGGACUUUAAUUAAAAAAACGUCCUGUCGGCCAAUGUCAUCACGGCUGAGGAGAUCACCCAUGUACAUGGAGGUGUCAUGCAGAACAAGAUGUCUACCCUGCCCGAAUCUCAGUUGAGAACCAGCAGCUUCUUACUGUUGUAAUGGUGACGUUCAAAGUGCUUAGGGUAGACUUGACUGUUAUAGUAGAAACACAAACUAAAUAUGAAGUUACGCAAAAAAUACGACUUGGGGGAGUGAAGAAGGUAAAGUCUCCAAGGCCUUGUUAUACUUGUAACCAUGGAAGUUUCUGCUUUUAGUAGAUAGUCCUCAGAUAUUUUACAGUAGGCCCGUCUUUUAUGACUGUUUCUUGACAUUCUAAGCCAAAUGGACAUGCAUAUGUGAUGCAUAGCUUUGCAAACCUGUAUGUUUUAAAAACAGUGAGGGAGAAUGUGCAAUAUAACUACGUUCUCCUUUUCUCUGUGCCAAAUUCAACUCCAUUGUGAUUAAGAGCUACAGCACCUUUCCCACCCAGCUCAUCCUUCUGUCUGUGGAGGUGAAGGUGGACUGGACACCGUGAAUCUCCCUCUGUUCACAAGCCAAUACAUCAGCCCCUGUCUCUGUCCCUCCCGGUAACAUACCAUCAAACACCCUACCCAUCACUAUGCCUCACUCUACCGGCAGAGCCACACACACAUACACACACACAUACACACACACACACA